GCGCUGCCCGCAUCCAAGAUGGCGCCAGCGGAGUCAGAAAGGGCGUGGCGUAGCCGGGGGGCGGGGACAGCGCAGGGGGCGGGGCGCGCGGGGCGGCGCUCUAGGCCGAGCGGGAGGUCCCGGCCGCGGACGCUCGCUGGUGGCGGCGGCGGUGGCAGCUGCGGGACCCCGAGGGCUGGCGGGCUCGGGGCAGAGCGGAGCCAUGAGCGUGGACAAGGCCGAGCUCUGCGGGCCUCUGCUCACCUGGCUGCAGACUUUCCGGGUGCCGCCCCCCUGCACCAGCCCCCAGGACCUGAGCAGCGGCCUGGCUGUGGCCCACGUGUUGAACCAGAUAGACCCUUCCUGGUUCACGGAGGCAUGGCUACAAGGCAUCUCAGCAAAUCCGGGGCCCAACUGGAAGCUGAAGGUCAACAAUCUGAGGACAAUCUUACAAAGUCUGCUGGAGUACUCCCAGGAUGUGCUGGGACGCCCAGUAUCCGAGCACCACCUCCCAGACGUCACCCUGAUCGGCGAGUUUGGGAACCCAGAGGAGCUGGGGAAGCUGCUGCAGCUAGUGCUGUGCUGUGCUAUCAGCUGUGAGAAAAAACAAGAGCACAUUCAGAAAAUCAUGACCCUGGAGGAAUCGGUCCAACAUGUGGUGAUGGCUGCAAUCCAGGAGCUCAUGAAUAAAAACACCCCAGACUCGCUGUCUCCAGAGACCUACGGGAACUUUGACACCCAGUCUCGCAGGUAUUAUUUCCUGAGUGAGGACCCUGAUGAUGGAGGCGAGCUCCAGCAGCGCUGUCUGGACCUGGAGCGGCAGCUGGUGCUCCUGGCGGAAGAGAAGCAGAGCCUGGCACAGGAGAACGCGGUCCUGCGGGAACGGGGACCUCGGCCAGAGGGGGAGGGCACCUCUGGACUCACAGCCAAGAAGUUACUGCUGCUGCAGACACAGCUGGAACAGCUGCAGGAGGAGAACUUCCGGCUGGAGAGCGGCCGGGAGGAUGAGCGUCUGCGGUGCUCAGAGCUGGAGCGGCAGGUGGCAGAUUUGCAGCAGCGGAACCAGGCGCUGACCAGCCUGGCCCAGGAAGCACAGGCCCUCAAGGAUGAGAUGGAUGAACUCCGGGAGUCCUCAGAACGCGCCGAGCAGCUGGAGGCCACGCUGAGCGGCUACCAGCGGCGGCUGGGCGAGCUGCGGGAGCUGCGGAGGCAGGUGCGGCAGCUGGAGGAGCGCAACGCCGGCCAUGCGGAGAGGACGCGGCAGCUGGAGGAGGAGCUGCGCCGGGCCAGCUCCCUGCGAGCCCAGCUGGAGGCACAGCGGAGACAGGUGCAAGACCUACAGACCCAGCGCCAGGAGGAGGCCAUGAAGGCCGAUAAAUGGCUCUUUGAGUGUCGCACCCUACAGGAAAAGUACGAAUCGGUGACGAAGGAGAAGGAGAGGCUGCUGGCAGAGCGGGACUCCCUGCGGGAGGCCAACGAGGAACUACGCUGCGCCCAGCUGCAACCACCACGGGACCCUGCCCGGGCCGACCCUUCCAUAGAUCCCACGACCCCGGCUGUUGAGAACUUGGCUGCUGAAAUUCUGCCUGCUGAACUCAGGGAGACCCUCCUGCAGCUGCAGCUGGAGAACAAGCGGCUGUGUCAGCAGGAGGCGGCCGACCGGGAGCGGCAGGAGGAGCUGCAGCGCCACCUGGAGGACGCCAACCGCCAGCGCCAAGGGCUGGAGACACAGCAAAGGCUGAACCAGCAGCAGCUGGCGGAGCUGCGGGCCCAGGUAGACGAGUUGCAGAAAGCACUGCAGGAGCAGGGGGCCAAGGCUGAAGAUCCCACGGUUCUGAAGAGAAAGCUGGAGGAACACAUGCAGAAGCUGCAUGAGGUGGACCAGGAGUUGCAGGACCACAUUCAGGAACUCAAGCCACCUUCGGACAAUCCUGGGCGCAGAGGCGAGGAGCUGCGCGCCUCUGUGGAAGAGCGCUACCGCCGCUACGUGGACCGGGCGCGCUCGGUCAUUGAACCCCCGGAGCCCAAGCAGAGGCCCCUCGUGGAGGCUCCUGCAGAGCUGCAAGCCCUAAGGAUGCAGCUGCGGGAACGGGCGGCCCGUCUGCGCCACCAGGAGAUGGACUUUGAAAAGAGUCGAAGCCAGCGGGAGCUGGAGGAGAAGCUUCUUAUUAGUGCCUGGUACAAUAUGGGCAUGGCCCUGCAGCAGCGUGCAGGGGAGCACAGGGCCCCUGCCCACGCCCAGUCCUUCCUGGCCCAACAGCGCCUGGCCACCAACAGCCGCCGGGGACACCAGGGCCGUCUCAGCAUCCUGAACAUGCGUCCCUCAGACCAGCACUAAGGGGACCCCAGGCUCCAGUCCCCCAGCAUCCAGCCAGCCCAGAUCUGAUCCACCAUGUGCGAUCACAUGGGACAGGGCGCGUUGUGCCUGUGAAUGGGGCAGCCUGGGGACACCCAGCCUGUGUCCUUUACUGUCCCCACUGGAACAAGACUGCAGGGCCUCGGGAGGGGCUGGGAGGAGCCCCCUCUCUGUGGAUCCUCAAGCUUCUCACAUCUCCACCUGAGGCCCAACAGGCAUGUCCACACAGCCAGGGAAAAGGGAUUUUUUUUUUUUUUAAUCAGAACUGAAAAUAAUUAAAAGACUUUGAAUCAGG